AUGCCCUGGUCCCACCACUCGCACUCCGGCCAAUUCUGCGGCCACGCAUCCAACACCCUCGAACAGGUCGUUCAAAAAGCCAUAGAAAAGAACCUGUCAACAUUCUGCCUAACCGAACACAUCCCCCGCAAAAAGAUAGAUUUCUACCCCGAGGAAGCAGAAACGCACACCGAACAAAGCCUGCUCCAACUGUUCGACGAUUAUUACCACGAAGCGAGAAGGUUACAACUCAAAUAUGCCGGACAGAUUCAGAUCCUGAUUGGGUUCGAGGGCGAGUGGAUACGGGAGUACUCGUUGGAAGUCAUACAGGACUUGUUGAACAAGUAUGAGUUCGAUUUGUUUGUGGGGAGUGUACACCAUGUCCACACGAUUCCAAUCGACUACGAUACCGACAUGUAUCGUCAAGCCAGGGAGAUCGCGGGCGGGACGGAUGAGCAAAUUUUUGAGGAUUACUUUGAUUCGCAGUACGAGAUGCUCAAAGCUCUGAAGCCGCCAUUGGUAGGGCACUUCGAUCUGAUCCGGCUGAAGAGUGAUGAGCCGGAUAGGAGCUUCAAGACAUGGCCCGGUGUCUGGGAGAAGAUUGAGAGGAAUCUGAAAUUCAUCGCGGAGUAUGGAGGUCUGUUAGAGUUGAAUUCGAGUGCCGUGCGGAAAGGUUUGGCGGAGGCGUAUCCUCAGAGUGAGAUCUGUAAGGUGAGUCACGCCAUCACUGCUAAGAUAGGCGUGUAAUUGACAGCAUCACAGGUCUUCAAAAAUAUGGGAGGUCGCUUCACCCUGUCAGAUGACAGCCAUGGCGUGGAACAGGUCGGGUUGAACUUCGGCAGAACCUGUGACAAUGUUGAGCGUGCGGGUCUGUCAGAGCUAUAUUAUCUAGCGCCUACCGCGGACAAAUCGAAGGCGCACGACAAAAGGUUCCCCGGCGUUUGCUGGGAGCGAAUUUCUGUCGCCGCUGUGAAGGAGCAUGCUUUCUUCCAAUCGUAAGUGGCGAAACCCACCUCUGAGCGGACGACGUGUCAUGUCGGUUCAAGCUGCAAAGCGCAAGCUGCGUGGCCAAGUAGGUCCGAGGGGGGUGUAUUCAAUCGGUCGAGACACUGGUGAGCCUCACUCCGAGAGCAGAACAAGGGACGGUGAUCUCUUAGAGCGAGAAGCGUGUCCUGGAAAUAACUUGAUCACUGCAAUGACAGGUCGUAUUUUCACCACUGCGACCUUGGUAUUCCUACCCAAAUGUCUGAAUGAUUCAAUCUCUGACUAACAAUACACAGGAAUCAUUAG